AUGGGUCACAGACUUUUCUCUACCAACCCCAGCGCCGACGACAAUGCCAGCGUUGACGACAAUAUCAGUGUUGACGACAAUACCAGCAUUGAUGACAAUACUAGCGCCAACGAUGUUGCCAGCGCCGAUGCCAACAAUAAUGCUCGCACCGUCACCAACGAAGAGAACGACCAACAACGUUACUUCCGAAUCACCGCCCUCUGCAUCCAACUCAACUGUGCAGCCUACGAGGCUCUUCUCCCGAUCAAUGCCGAUCUCCGCCGAGUUUUUUGCUCUGCCAAUGGGAAUAUCUCAAGUGGUGGAAGGGCAAAAGUAGCCCAGGAGGCACUUAGAUACUUCCGGUCGAUUGUGUAUUCUCUCAGGUUUCAAGAGGAACCUUCACCUAUGGGCCGGGCGAGAAAGGCUGCCUUAGAGUCCGACUGCAACGCCCUCCAACAGUUUCUCACCGAGAUGCACAACCACUGA